CUGUACAGCGCUGCCGCUGGAACCCCCUCCCCAAGACAGCACAAACGGCAGCCAUUGAUGGCCGGAUCGUUGCGUCGCGUACGCGCGCACUCAAUGCACGCGCCAUAGCUGCGGAGACACCCACCAGGGCACCGGGAAGGAAAGGCACAAAAGAGGCGGGGGCAGGCCGCCCCGCCCUCGGCGUGGAUACCAAACGCGGGGGGGCCGGCGCUCGGCACGAUUGGCGCCACCCACGCGGUGGGGGAGAACCCGAAAAAGAGCAAGGAACCUUUGGUAUCGCGGCUGCUGGGCUCCCCAUACACUCCCGUGGCCUGCCCUCCCUCCCACGACCCCGUGACUCGCCGCACGGCCGGGGGGAGGAGCCUACUGCGCGACGGCAGCUGCUUCCAGGAUGGCCAACGGGAGGAGCCUCUACUACGUCUGGUGGUGCUGCGCGCUGGCCAGCGCGCUGAGCGCGCUCGUCAAGGUGGACGCCUUGCUCGUGGACAUCACCUAUGUGGAGAGCGCCGUGGCCAAAGGAGCAGUGUGUCUGGAUGGAAGCGCGCCGGCGUAUCACCUCGCCCGCGGUUCCGGCUCCGGCGUGAACAGCUGGCUGGUUCAUUUUGAGGGGGGAGGAUGGUGCAGCAACGUCACGACCUGCCUGCAGCGGAAGCGCACACGGCUGGGGUCGUCCAAGGAGAUGGCGACGCAGAUUGCCUUCUCUGGAAUCCUGAGCGACACCCCGGAUUACAACCCAGACUUUUACAAUUGGAACAAGGUCAAGGUUCGGUACUGUGAUGGCUCAUCUUUCACCGGUGAUGUCGAAGAAGUGGAUCCUACAACAAAGCUACACUACAGAGGUGCAAGGAUAUGGCAAGCUGUCAUGGAGGACCUGCUUGCCAAAGGGAUGGACAAAGCUGAAAACGCUCUAAUUUCAGGCUGUUCUGCUGGUGGUUUAACCUCCAUACUACACUGCGACAGAUUUCAUGACCUCCUACCUCUGGGUGCCAGAGUUAAAUGCCUUUCUGAUGCUGGUUUCUUCAUCAAUGAGAAAGAUGUUGCUGGAGUGGGGUACAUUGCUGCCUUUUUCAACGAUGUGGUUACAACACAUGGGUCAGCAAAGAAUUUACCAUCUUCAUGCACUUCGAUCUUACCCCCAGGAGUGUGCUUUUUUCCCUCGAACGAGGUGAAACAGAUACAGACACCUCUAUUCAUCCUCAAUGCAGCGUAUGAUUAUUGGCAGGUAAGGAACAUUCUGGUGCCAGGGGUUGCUGAUCGUCGUGGUACAUGGCAUAGCUGUAAGCAUGACAUAGACCAGUGUUCUGCAGCACAGCUUCGGGUACUGCAGGGAUUCAGGGAUGAUUUUCUGAAGGCGGUGGCCGAACAAGGGAACUCCACCUCCAGAGGGUUGUUCAUAAACUCAUGCUUCGUGCACUGCCAGUCCGAGAUCCAGGAGCUGUGGUUCUCAUCUGACUCCCCAAUGCUUGGAAACACUACAAUAGCAGCCGCUGUUGGCGACUGGUUCUUCGACCGCAGCCCGUUCCAGAAGAUCGACUGCCCUUACCCCUGUGACUCGACCUGCCACAACCGGAUCCACGAUGACCCAUCGCAUGCAUAGCAAUUACAGCGGCCUCACUUCGUGCUGCCAUUCAUCACGCUAUUACUACAUUUUACGCUCCAGCAUUGCUAGCGGUAUAGGGCAAUGCGUUGAUAGCCAUUGAUUGUCAUGAAUAAGACCCGGCGCCGGAGGCUUAACUUGGCGGCUGGUGCCGGACUGCCGGAAGCCAGAUGCAGCUUCCAACGGCAGGUACAGUCCAAGGGAUAGAAGCCGUUUCCUAUGUUCCACUGCACUGUAUUUUCUUCUGAUACCUGUAGGAGCCACAUUGGCUCUUCCGAAGUGAGGCGGCACAGGUUAUUUCAGUUGAAAUAUUAUGUCACUUCCUACAUAUUAAUCUUUGCCUCUGGUCUGAUUCUACUC